GGUGGGCGGUUUCCUUCGUCCCAGUGUCCCACACAUCUCUCCCACUGCCAUACGGGUCCAUAUCCUCCGCCUGUUUCGCUCUCUGCGCUCCAACUCAACGCGGCCCCCACCCCCACCGCCGCGGCGCCGCUUGCGCCAGUGCCCCCUCCUCGCUUUCCGCUUUCAUCCGGGCCCCACUCGCCGCUUCGGUCUGAGCUCGGCCAACCAUCGGCCAUCGCCAGUGCCGCUGCCGUAUCCGUCGAGUAAUGCAGCCUCCCGGCCCGCCUCUGGCGACGCCGCAGCCGCUGCCGCCGGCGGUGGCGGCGGAGCUCGCGCAGCUUGAGUCGAGGCUGGGCCAGGUCGCCGGAGAGCCCGCGCGCCACGAGCUCGCGGAGCUAGGCGAAGUCGCCGCGGUUCGCGUGCUACGUAGGAUCGCGAGGUCUCAAGAGCAGGUCCGGACGCUCACUGGCUACAUCGUCUCGGCUGCGGUGCAGGAGACGUUCGCGCUCAAUGCGCAGGCCGUCCCCACCGCCGAGAGCCGCGCCUGCAACUCCUCCGCUCCUUCCCUAAGUGAUGGAUCUGUACAAGGGCCGCAGUGCGCCAGUGAACUUCGAAUGGAAGAAGUAACUGCGGGCCUCUCAAACUAUCGCAUGGCAAUAUGCGAGGGUCAAGGUCAGGAGGAUCAUGCAGUGAUGAUGGCAAUUGACAACCCACCUGACUGCAUCCCCCCCUGGGGUUGGGACCAAGAUUGCAUUGAAGUUGAUAACCUUGUGCCAGGAAUUGCUUCUCAGGCAAACCAGAUGCCUAUGCAGUAUGGCGACCGCGACCGUAUCCAAGAACUAGUUUCUAUUGUACCACAUGGUGUUCGUAUGCUGGCUGAAAGUCUUGAAAAUGGCAGAGCAUCUGAGUUGCAGAACUAUGUACAAAAUGGCAUUCCCGAACAGUGGAUGGUUCCAGCAGAUCAAAGAAUGGAAUCCACCUCGAGCCGCCUGCAACAUGUUUUAAAAUGUCUUCAGGGAGUUGGACCCUUUGGACACCAUCUCGGUCCGGAAUGUGCAAUAAUGAUACCAAAGCCUGAGCCAAAUGUUGUUGUCGAAAAUUUGUUCAGGGAGAUAGCAAGCCCUCAUAUCACAGACAACAAAUUGAGGAAUACAGCGAGCCCUCAGAUGUGUGCGUUGGAGGAUUUAGAGUUCAGCAAGAGAUUUUUGAUACUCUCUUAUCUUUGUCGGAAUAACCUGGAAGAUGAAGUUGUACUGACUGUGGACUAUAUUAAAUCGUUGAAGUUUCUGUCCAUGGUUCAUUUUGAGUCCCAAAUUUGGAGGAAAUUUGGUCAGAAGAAUUUUCAGGCAUCCAAUAGAGCUGCAACAGAUAGGGCAAAGAAUUUCGAUUCAGACCCAACUACAACAAAAUUAUACCAUUGCAAUAUCGAGAUAAGAGGGGAGUCCAUAUUCUUUGUUUUGAAGGGGCCAUAUAUGGAGAAUAAGAGGACUUAUCUACAAAAAGUUCUUGGUGAUGAUAAUGUUCUUCUAGUAAAGUUUAUGGUUUCUUCAGACAAGAGCACUGAUUUCUACCGCCAACAUUACCAUAGGGUUGUUGAAGAUGGUAUUGUUUUGGGUCUGCGACGAUAUAAUUUUUUCGUUUACAAGGAUCCAGGAAAAGAGACGAAAAAGAAAGACAGUGAACAGGGGGAUAUCAAGAAAUGCACUUCGCCUGUAAGAUGCUAUUUUAUUUGCACUAAGUCUGGGUGGAGGGGGGAUGAGGCUUAUAUUCCAAUUGACAAGUGCCGCAAACUGUUCAUGCAUAUCCAUACUGCUCCCACCAUUGCAAAUUAUAUGAAAAGGUUUCAUUUGAUACUUUCCAAAACUCUAACACUGGAUGUUGAUUUAUCGACAAUUGACGUUAUACUGAUUGAUGAUGAACCUUGUCGGGACGAGCAUGGGAACAUUGUUAUGCUAGAUGGGAAGCGUUUGAUCCAUACUGAUGGGACUGGCUUCAUAUCUGAAAAUUUGGCUAAGAAAUGCCCUAGCAGAAUAAUCAAAGGAAAGAAGUCAAAAGUUUAUAUGCAUCAAGGUGAAACAACGCCUCUUCUCAUGCAGGUCCGUCUUUUUUAUAAUGGAUAUGCUGUAAAGGGAACUCUGCUAGUUGACAAAAGGAUUAGUAAUAAUACUAUUGUGAUCCGACCAUCAAUGGUAAAAGUAAAAGCUGACCCAAAGUUGUGCCGGAUGAAGUCUCUGAGUUCUUUGGAAAUAGUUUCCACAAGCCAUCAAUCCAAUAGGACAUCAACAUCAAGGAUCUUGAUUGCGUUGCUUCACUAUGGAGGAGUUAAGGCAGAAUAUUUUAUGGAACUUCUACAUAAUGCAAUUGAAGGGGUUAAUAAUGCUCGUUAUAGUUUCAGACACGCGCUGAAGCUUGCAUAUGGAUAUGCUAAUAUGGAGGAUUCAAUGUUAGAACGCAUGAUUCAUUCUGGAAUUCCACUAGAAGAACCAUACUUGCUAUCUAGGCUGAGUUUUAUGGCCAAACAGGAAAUGAAAGUAUUCAGAGAAGGAAAGCUACCAAUUGAUGAAUGCUAUUAUUUGAUGGGUACAACAGAUCCUACAGGAACGCUGAAACCAAAUGAAGUUUGUGUGAUACUUGACAGCGGACAAUACUCUGGAGAUGUUCUUGUGUUUAAACAUCCUGGGCUACAUUUUGGCGAUAUACAUAUCUUAACUGCAAGGCAAAUUGAUGGACUAGAGAAGAAUUUUAUUGGAUAUUCAAAAAAUGCAAUACUUUUUCCUACUUCUGGACAAAGAUCAUUGGCUGAUGAGAUGGCCAAUAGUGAUUUUGAUGGUGACGAGUUCUGGGUCUCAAGAAACAAUAUGUUACUAAAGACUUUCGAGAAGCGAAGUGAGCCAUGGGUUGAACUAUUAAAACUGAAGGAGACCCAGCACAGGCUUAGCAAACCUGGGGAUUUAAAUGAAUUGAUUCUCGAAAGAGUGCUAUUUAAUGAAUGCUUGACGACUAUGUUUAUACCCAAUUACACAAAAGGUUUAGCGCCUGACUGUUGGUUAGCACAUAUGGACCGAUUAUUAACAGAAGGAGUCGAUCAAGAUGAGAAGAAGUCAAUCGUGGAAAACAUGAUUAAAUUAGUUGACCUUUAUUAUGCGGCUCUGGAUGGGCACAAGGUAGAUGUUGAUCGCCAUCUGAGAGUAAAAGCAUAUCCACACUUCAUGGAGAAGAAAGGAUUUGAAUCCUACCAUUCUUCAUCUAUUUUGGGCAGAAUCUACGAUGAGACUGAGGAAAUAAUAGCGCAGCAAUGUGACGAACAGAUCCAGAUAACGACACUGCCGUGCUUCAGUGAGGUGGAGGCAACCCCGGAAUGCACCUCCCUAUGGGAACACCGGUACCAGGAGUACUUGACAAAGAGCAGGGGCCUUUUCGAUCUGGGCAAGGAAGAAAAGAACGACGAGUUCCAGAAACUCUACCAACACUACAAACAUCUGCUAUACGACGCCGACGAACUGGAGGAGACCUCGCGGGACCUCUCAGACGUGUUCAUGGAGGCCUGCGCGAUAUACAGGAUCGUGUACGAGCGAGCAUGGUGUACCAGGAGCGUCAGCAGGUGCCGUUUCGUGUGGAACGUGGCUGGAGCGGCGCUGUGCCACCUCCACGCGACCAAGUACGCGGCGCAGCGCGGGGAGAAAACCGCGCUCUGCCCGCUCUCAGUUAUCCGCCAGCUUUACAUCUGAUAUAUAUAUUUUUUUUUUGGUAAAGCAGCUGAUUUCUGCCUGUAAAAUGAAACGGGUGAGCUGAUGCGUCUUAAGAGAAGUAUAUACUGGGGCUCUCGAUCAACUUAGUCAAGAGCUUCACAGUUGCUUUGAUUUGAUGAGGUUAAUAUAGAAUUGCUUUCUUGUACGUCACCAGCCUUCAAUCUUAAAGACUCGUUCGCAUCUUUUGAUACACAGAAGUUGUGUAGGUUUGCCGAUUUUUUUUAUCUAAAUGACAUCUGGUACAGAUUUAUUGAAGCUUGAAUUGCAGUUGGACAACU